CUCCUAAAUUGUUGGCUUGAUUGACGGACUAGAUUGAUAGUGUUCUCUGGCGGGACCAUAGUGUAGGCACCCUCCCGUCUCAAUGUCUUUCGUACAUCUCUCACCAGCAAAGAAAGCUCUACUUAUAUGUACCUCUAGAUGUUGAAUGUUCUCUCUCUCUAUCAAAACCUAGAGAGAGAAAAUAGUGGUGAGAAGUUCGACAAUGGAGUUGGUGCUAAGGUGGAUUCUCUUGCUGGGGCUAUGGUGCUCACCAACUUUGGGCCACAAGACCUUCCUGGUUCACAUGGCCAAGUCCAUGAUGCCUGAGAGCUACAAUGGCGACCAUCAGGCAUGGUACAUGUCCAUCAUGAAAUCCGCCGUUCAGAGCACCGAAAUCCUGUACACCUACGACACAGUUCUCCAUGGCUUUGCUGCCCGGCUUACGGACGAGGAGGCGGAGCUCCUCCGGCAGCGGCCGGAGGCGCUGUCGGUCUAUGAGGAAGCUGUUUAUCAGCUACAUACGACGAGGACGCCGGAAUUCUUGGGCCUUGACGGUAACAAUGGGCUAUGGCCUGAAUCUGAUUACGCGACGGAUGUUAUCGUCGGUGUCUUGGACACGGGUGCGUCGCCUGAGAGCAAGAGCUAUGUUGAUGCGGGGCUCGGCCCUGUGCCCUCCAAGUGGCGGGGCGAGUGCCAAACUGGCAAAAAUUUUGAUGCCAGCAGCUGCAAUCGAAAGCUCAUCGGUGCUCAGUUCUUCUCGAAGGGGUACGAGGCGGUGAUGGGGCCGAUCGAUGAAACAAAGGAAUCGAAAUCACCAAAAGAUGACGAUGGCCAUGGCACCCACACAUCUACCACCGCUGCUGGGGCGUACGUCGAACAUGCGAGCCUGUUCGGGUACGCUGAAGGCACGGCGCGGGGCAUGGCGACCCGGGCGCGAAUCGCAGCGUACAAGGUGUGCUGGGCAGGUGGGUGCUUCAGCUCAGACAUCAUAGCCGCCAUGGAUCGAGCAGUGGCCGACGGGGUCCACAUUCUGUCCCUGUCGUUGGGCGGCGGGUCGAUCGACUACGAUCGGGACAGCAUUGCGGUGGGUGCAUUUGGGGCCAUGGAGCACGGGGUGUUUGUGUCAUGCUCGGCCGGUAAUUCAGGGUCCGACACGUACAGUGUCUCCAAUGUCGCCCCUUGGAUAGCCACCAUCGGAGCCGGCACGCUUGACAGGGAUUUUCCGGCAUACGUCGCACUGGGUAAUGGCCAGAAUUUCUCAGGAGUCUCGCUCUACAGUGGGAAGCCGCUGUCGCAGUCUCCAUUGCCUUUCAUUUACGCUGCCAAUGCAAGCAACACCACGAACGGGAACCUGUGCCUUGAUGGAACGCUGGUGGAGGAAAAAGUGGCCGGAAAAAUUGUGCUUUGCGACCGAGGGGUGACUGCGAGAGUGGCGAAGGGCGCGGUCGUGAGAAAGGCGGGUGGUGUCGGGAUGGUGCUCGCUAAUACAGCCUCCAACGGAGAAGAACUCGUGGCCGACGCCCACCUCCUCCCUGCAACUGGAGUCGGCGAAAAAUCCGGCGAAGAGAUCAAGUCCUACUUGCUGUCAGACAAGAAUCCUACCGCCAACAUCGUCUUCUUGGGUACCAAGGUGAACAUCCGGCCGUCCCCUGUUGUUGCAGCGUUCUCGUCUAGAGGGCCAAACCCUCUUACCUCUGCCAUUCUAAAGCCGGACAUGAUUGCUCCGGGGGUUAACAUCUUAGCAGGGUGGUCAGACACCAUCGGGCCGACUGGUCUUCCCAGCGACACGCGACGUGUCGAAUACAACAUCAUCUCCGGCACAUCCAUGUCCUGCCCUCACAUCUCGGGCCUCGCGGCCCUCCUGAAGGCGGCGCACCCUGAGUGGAGCCCGGCCACCAUAAAGUCGGCCCUCAUGACAACUGCCUACAAAGUAGACAACACGGGAGAGAUGCUCCGGGACGUAGCCACUGGCCGCCCGGCAACCUACUUCGACUUUGGUGCCGGCCACGUCGACCCCCAAAAGGCCCUCGACCCCCGCCUCGUCUACGACACGACACCAACAGAUUACCUCGACUUCCUCUGUGCCCUGAACUAUUCAUCAACUCGAAUCUCAGCCAUAGCCAAACGUACCUACGCUUGUGGCAGCGGCAACAGCGUCGGCAACCUCAAUUACCCGUCAUUCGCUGUGCCGUUCGAGACCGCGACAUCGACCGAGAGCAGCACACCCAAGGUCUUGACGUACUCUCGCACAGUGACAAACGUCGGGCAGCCAGCGACAUACCGGGCGUCCGUCAUCGGGGGCGACCCUGUGAAAAUAACUGUGGAGCCUGAGAGCUUGACAUUCGGGGAGAAGGGCCAGAAGAAGAGUUUCACUGUGACAUUCACGGCCGGGUCGUUGCCCUCUGGCUCGAUGAAGUUCGCCACGCUCGAGUUGUCCGAUGGAACACGCACCGUGGCCAGCCCAAUUGCCAUGACCUGGACCUAGAGUGGGUGCAUGGGUCUUCUUUUAACUUUAUUUUUACAGGAAACAAAAUGGUUUCCCGUUCUGUUUGAUUCUGGGUUUUUAGAAUUUAAAAUUAGGAGCGUGAUGUCCAUGGAUGUGGCAUGGGAGAGAAAGGGGUUUCAAUCUGCCGAAGAAGAUUCCUUUCUCUCUGCGCCAAAGUUGUGGACAAAGAACAACAGGAAAGUGAAAAAGCAGUAACAAUUGGCUGUUAUGUACCAUUCCACAUUAUAAUAAAUAGCUGAUAAUCACUAA